AUGGCCCUCCUCGUCGAAAUUAAGAAUGUGCUCAUCACCUCCUCCAAAGACGUCGCCACCCCCAAGAACACAUGGUGCUCGAUGCUCUGCUCGGAUGCGACGGCUGAGUACCAGUGCGGCUGGCUCUCGCAGGUCGAGUACUACGACCGACUGGCCGACGGCUUUGGCGUCGCCUCGGAAGCUGUCAAGACGGCCUUUGAAACGGUACACAGAACCUUGGCCGUCGAUGAGGCCGUCGUCGCGGCCAUCGUACAGGCCAAGGCCCGAGAUGGACAGCUGAGGGUGCUUGCGGUGGCCAAUCUCUCUUCCGACGAAGUGGCCAUGGUGCGUGCCCUCCCGCUCGACUGUGGAAUGUUCGAAGACGUGUUUAUCUCGAGCGAGCUGGGGAUGCGGAAGCCCGAGCUACGCUUCUAUCGCCAUGUUCCGGAUGCCGUGGGCAGGACGCCGCACGAGCUCAUCCUGCUCGACCGCUGA